CCUUUCUCACCAUUUUAUCUCAUCACAAAACAAAAAACAUUCAAAUCUCAUAAACACAUUAAUAAGUUAAAAAUCCUCUCUGAGAGACAAAUAAAGAGAAUGACACUUCUUCACUUGUCUCUCUCCUUCUUCUCAUGUCUCCUCCUUGUCCUAGCUCCAACCUUCACUUCCUCCACUCAUGUCUCCGACCCUGAACUCGUAGUUCAAGAAGUUAACGAGAAGAUUAAUGCCUCUAGGAGGAAUCUAGGUGUCCUUUCAUGUGGGACCGGAAAUCCGAUCGACGACUGUUGGAGAUGCGACCCAAAAUGGGAGAAAAACCGACAACGACUAGCCGAUUGUGCCAUUGGGUUUGGCAAACACGCAAUCGGUGGCCGUGACGGCAAAAUCUACGUUGUGACCGACCCGAGCGACAAAGACGCUGUUAACCCUAAACCGGGAACACUAAGACACGCAGUGAUCCAAGACGAGCCGCUCUGGAUCAUCUUCGCACAUGUAGGCAUGGAUAUUUUCAUGUGUGCGGCUCCAACUAUAAACAGCCAAGGCAAUAGGUUUCUUGCUCCCAACAAUAGAGUCUUCAAAGAGGUGACUAAAUACGAAGAUGCACCACAAAGCAAAUGGAAGAACUGGAAUUGGAGAUCAGAAGGUGAUUUGUUCCUAAACGGUGCGUUUUUUACACCUUCGGGUGGAAGAUCUUCUUCAAGCUAUGCCAAGGCUUCGAGUCUUUCGGCUAGACCAUCCUCGUUGGUGGCUUCGGUCACGGGAAACGCUGGUGCACUAUAUUGUAGAAAAGGAAAACGAUGCUAAAUAAAUCGAUCCAUCUACUAAGUUAUAUAAUGCAUCUAAUUAAAAAGAAGAGGAUGUGUUUUAGUCCUCCUUUAUCAAUUUUUCGUUACCCUUUAGUUUUAUAAUGGGGAGGGUUAAAGUUGUAAGUUGGAUUUGAUGUGUAUACUAAAAGUAUUGUAUGGAUUCCCUUUGGACCAAUGGGUUUCUUUUAAACUUUUUUGGAGUAGGGACCAAUGUAUGUUGUGGUGGGGAUAUGUAACAAUUGCUACAAGAUUGUUGAUUAUUACUAUAUUGUAAUGAAUUUAAUCAACAGCAUAAUUAUCAACAUCCCUGUGUUAACAGUUUUUACA